AUGAAUCCUGUAUUUGGAUUGGGAACAAAUAAUGCUUUCCAAGAUGCCGAACUUCUCUCCCAAGCAUUAUUUAAUUAUUCAUCAGAAGAUCCUAUUUCCUGCAUUCAAGAAUAUGAAAAUGAAAUGCGAAAAAGAUCAACCGUCGAUGUGUUAAAAUCUAGAUCUGCGGCAUUGCGAAUGUCCACUCCUAAUAUGUUUCAUUUCAUAUUAUAG